UGUUCAGACGGUGAUAAGGCGUGCCACCUGUGGACGGUGGUGGAUCUGGCCUUCUUUGUGCUGAUGGGUAUAGUGGGGGGGCUGCUGGGCGCUCUCUUCAACUGCAUCAACAAACGCCUCGCCAAGUACCGCAUGAAGAACGUCCACCCCAAGGCCAGGGUCAUCAGGGUGUUGGAGAGUCUGCUCGUUUCCAUGGUGACGACGGUGGUGAUCUUCGUGGCCUCGAUGACCCUGGGAGAAUGUCGGGACCUGUCUCCCCCCACAACACACAACUCCACUGUGCUGGAGGCAGUUAAUGUAAAUGUGGAUGUGAACUCCACCAUCAGGCAGUUCUUCUGCUCCAAUAAGAGCUACAAUGACAUGGCCACGCUGUUCUUCAACCCUCAGGAGGUGGCUAUACAUCAGCUCUUCCACCAGGACGCUACCUUCAGCCCGGUGACUCUGUCCAUCUUCUUUGUGCUGUAUUUCCUGCUGGCGUGUUGGACGUACGGCGUGUCCGUCCCCAGCGGUCUCUUUGUCCCCUCGCUGCUCUGCGGGGCGUCUCUGGGGCGACUGGUGGCCAACGUCCUUAAGAUGAACCUGGGUAUGCAGAUCUACCCCGGGACCUUUGCUCUGAUUGGUGCAGCUGCCUUCUUAGGGGGCGUGGUCCGCAUGACCAUCAGCCUGACAGUCAUCCUGAUCGAGUCGACCAAUGAGAUCACUUACGGCCUUCCCAUCAUGAUCACACUGAUGGUUGCUAAGUGGACAGGGGACUUCUUCAAUAAGGGCAUCUAUGACAUCCACAUCCUACUGAAGGGAGUACCUCUGCUGGAGUGGGAGACUGAGGUGGAAAUGGACAAACUGACGGCCAGUGACAUCAUGGACCCCAACCUGACGUACGUGUAUCCUCACACGCGUGUCCAAUCACUGGUCAGCAUCCUGCGGACCACCGUCUACCACGCCUUUCCCGUCGUCACGGAGAACAGAGACAACGAGCGCGAGUUUAUGAAGGGCAACAUCCUCAUCAGCAACAAUAUUAGAUUCAAGAAAACAAGUGUGUUGACGCGAGCAGGUGAGCAGAGGCGGCGUUGCCAGUCGAUGAAGUCAUACCCGUCCAGCGAACUCCGCAACGUGUGUGACGAUCAGGUGCCGGUGGAGCCAACAGAGGAGGGCCAGGACAUACUGCAGCAGAUGCUGGAGAGGAGACAUAUACCAUACCCCAACCUGUACCCAGAUCAGUCUCCCAGCGAGGACUGGACCAUGGAGGAGCGAUUCCGACCUUUGACCUUCCACGGCCUCAUUCUGCGCUCGCAGCUCGUCACCCUGCUCAUCCGCGGAGUGUGUUAUGCUGAGAACCAAUCGAGCGCGACACAGCCACGUCUGUCCUAUGCUGAGAUGACAGAAGAUUACCCACGAUUCCCUGACAUCCACGACCUGGACCUGGCCCUGCUCAACCCCCGAAUGAUUGUGGAUGUCACACCGUAUAUGAACCCCAGCCCCUACACGGUGUCGCCCAACACACACGUUUCUCAGGUGUUUAACCUCUUCAGGACCAUGGGGCUCCGACACCUACCCGUGGUCAAUGCCGUCGGAGAGAUUGUGGGAAUCAUUACGAGACACAACCUCACACACGAGUACCUGGUGGCCAAACUCAGACAGCAUUACAUCACCAUCUGAGGGGAAGGGCCAUCCUUCAUCGGCUUCACUGAUUGGACUGCCCUCGGCCCAGACCCCACCCACCAGACCAGCACGGAAUCCAAGGGUAGACGAUGCCCGCUAUCCUCCUUCCCAUUCCUGGCACAACAUGUGUGCCCCUCCACACAAACGCACACGCACACAAACCAAAUCAGAGAGAGAGAGAGAGAGAGACACUCACACACUAACAUA